UUUAGGUGUCACUAUUUUCUUACCCUCUUUCUUCUAUCUUACAUAAACCAUAUAAUUUUAUUUUUAAUUAAAUCAUACCUAAUAUAAUUUUUUAUUGUAUUGAAAAUGCUUUGAACGGUGACAUUUUGAAGCUUUGGUGCGUCUUUAUUUAAAUUGUAAUGGCAAAAUUACUGUCACUAGUUGGAAAUGUUACCCAUGGACUUUGUAUUUCAUAUCACUUCAGUGUUUCAAGCUGUAGGACAAUGGCAACAAAUUCAUCUCCUGGUCAUGUUUUACUAGGAGGUGGUACAGGAUUCAUAGGAAGUGCAUUUACUUAUCUUUUAAAAUCAAAAGGAUAUGAAGUAACGAUUAUAUCCCGAGUACCUGGACCUCAAAGGUUAACAUGGUUUGAUAUUCAGUCAAAUGGUCUUCCACAAGGCGUAACCGCAGUUGUGAACCUUUCCGGCCAGAAUAUCCUGGAUCCGCUGCAACGAUGGACUCCAGGCUUCAAGCAGAACGUCUUCAACAGUAGAGUAAACACGACGCACAAUCUGGCUCAGGCAAUCGUCAAAGCGCAGACAAAACCUAAAGUGUUUGUUUGCAUAUCUGGUGUAGGUAUUUAUAAGCCCGACGCUACUGUAGACUACGAUGAAGACUCGACGCUUGGUCCUCCGUUUGACUUCUUGUCCGAUUUGGCACAGAAGUGGGAAGAGGCUUCACUGAUGCCUGACACUGAUGUUAGAAGAGUCAUUGUCAGAUCAGGUGUGGUUCUCGGCCGCAGUGGAGGGAUGAUACAACAGCUGUUUCUCCCGUUCUUCAUGGGUGUGGGAGGGCCUGUAGCCAGCGGAACUCAGUACAUGCCAUGGAUACAUAUUGAGGACAUGUGCAAUCUUCUACUCUUUGCCAUAGAGAACGAAAAAGUCACAGGCGUCUUAAAUGGUGUUGCACCUAUGAUUGUCACCAAUCAAGAGUUUACGACAGCCUUUGCCCAAGCGAUGUGGAGGCCAUCUUUAAUUCCACUGCCGGAAUUCAUCGUCAACACAAUGUUUGGUGAAGAACGAGCCAAGAUCAUGACUCAGGGACAGAAAGUAGUUCCGAAGAGAGUGUUGGAUUACAAGUUCCAGUACAAGUACCCGGACAUUAUUAGUGCAUGUACCCAAGUGGCUCGGUUAUUUUACAAAACACCCUUUUAGCGAUGAUGAAUUCUAGUCAUAAGGUGCAUUUUAUAGCGAUGUUUUGUAAAUAUAUUAUUAUUGUGAAAA